AUGGUGCUUGAUGAAGGAAAUUUUGAUCCCGAACUCGAUCUACAAGAAUUGGAGAAGUUAUUGGAAGAAGGCAAGUACAAUGAAGCAAUAAAAGAGACAGAAGAGGCAACACGACGUGGAAUAACUAGCAGGUCCAGAAGAAGUCAACCCGUUACUCGCGAUUUUCCAUGGUAUUCUUUUCCACGGAAUGUUGCACCUGAGACACAUGCGCGUUGGACUGCUAAGCUUGACUUACUCAAGAAAAGAAAGGUGCAUGUUCCAGCUGAAGUUGAUUGGCACUGGAUUGGAAGUUCGGGUUUGAUGGAGGCUAUGGAGCCUUACCUUGACAAGGUAUUUAAUGGAGUUCAUGGGCAGUUUAUGUGUUUGGGUUGGAGACAAAUUUUUGAGAUUCAAGAGGUGGUUUACAAGGAGUUGGUGUAUGAGUUUCUUGCCACAGUAUCUUUCAGAAGAAAAGACGGGAUAUAUGCGGAUGAUAAUCUUACUUUUUACCUUGGAGGGGAAAGACGUUCCUUAAGCAUAGCUGAUUUUGCACUACGGGUUGGCAUCUACCUUCCAGCUGAAGUCCAUACACCAUUGUACCAACAAUUUAUAGCAGCCUCCAUUAAGAACAUCGAAGGGUUCAAAGCAGAGGACCAUUGGCAUUCUAUUGCUAAUGGGGAGGGGGAUAAAUGUCCCACUGUGGAUGUUUUCUUUUUGUGGGUUCUCACCUCAAAUGAGGUUUAUGCUGAUUUAUCUUUUCACCUGGCUGAGUUCCUUACAGUUCGGGCAGCAAAGGACAGGCGUGGGUCCCCGCUUUAUGGUGGUAUGUGGAUUACCCGACUCGCGCGAUCUUUUGGUAUUUUUGAGAAACGGGAGGCUUCUAUGCUUACAGUGGAGCCCCAAAAGCGCUUUUCCAUUCUUCUUUAUAAGAGGGCUCGAAUUGUUGUUGAACAUGGAAUGGCUGGUUUUAGCAGUCCUGACGAUACUCCACGGCACCGAGUUCCAAGCCGUGGAAGGCGACGGUGUAAUGAAGCCAGAACAGAUGAACCAGUGGUGCCGGAAGAAGAUGAGAUGCCCAUAGAUCCCUACAGUGUGGCAAGGAGACGAUAUGAGGACUACAUGCCUAGAGCUACAAACUACACAUCAAGUUUUUGA